GUGGCCAUCUGACAGACUGUGGAUUUGCAGGCCGUGGAGUUAUAAUUUCUAGGGUGAAGAGAGAAAGACAAACAGGAACACGGGAGGGCAACAACUCUCAAUAAAAAUACAUUCAGAAAGUAACGUUACUGUAACAGAAAAUAAGGCAUCAGUACUAGAAGGUCGUUAAAAGAAACUGAGCAUGCUGUAAUUUCACAGAACAUCUCAUUUUAAGGUGGGGUGACAGGGUGUGUUCUUUCGCUGCCUGUGUUUUUUUUUUAAAGAUGGCGUGCAAUACACUCGUAAGGAGGGCAAAUUUGGAAAGCGUUGGGCGCCGCUGCCGCUGGUUCGAGCUGUUCUGCGGCUGGCUGCAUUGCCUCUGAUUGACACGGUUGAGGGGUGGGGACGCAGGGUGGGGUCACCAGCAGGGAGAGGCGGAGGAGAGACUGAGCGAACCAGCCCAACCCUGAACACGGCAACAACACACUGAGAGAGACACCAGGGAAGAAAGGAUUUUCGACGCCGAAGCUAUGAUCUAGAAGACGACCCUAAGAACCCGCAUCUGCCUGUCCCAAUAAUAAUUCGAAAGGUGGAUAUAAAAAAACUGCUAGCAAGAUUAGCUACUAUUAUUCUAUUAUACCCCGCCCGUUCGACCCCCCUUACUCCACCCCUUCACCGCUGCACCCGCUUAGCUACCGAGAUGCACACGGAGACUCGUAACAAGAAAUGCGAAGCGAGUCUUAAGAAAUCCAGCUCUGCGUCCAAGAGAGAGAUGCCUUCGGCCCACAUCAAGCCAGAGCCAGAGGAAGUGGAGUGCUCGAAGCCCGGGACGCCCGAGGAGCCCCCCCAGGACUCCCCCCAGCCCACAGAUCUGAAGUGUAAGGGGUCGUGCGCCUCCCCCCCGCCUCUCUGCACCGCCAAAGCAGAGGCAACAGAGGCGCUCUCCCCCGACCAGACUGAGCCGGUCGACCUGUCGCUCAACAAGCCCCGCCCCUCGCUGCCCACCAGCACGGCGUCGGGCGCGGCCCCCCCCGCCCCCCCCAGCGUGACCACGCCCAUCCCGGCGGUGCUGUCGCCGGGGUCCAUCCUGGCCUCCACACAGGGCGUGGGGGGGCAGCAGAUCCUGCACGUCAUCCACACCAUCCCGUCCGUCAACAUGCCCAGCAAGAUGGGCCAGCUGCAGACCAUCCCCGUGGUGGUGCAGUCUCUGCCCGUCGUCUACACCGCCCUGCCCACCGAGGGCGUGGCCACCGCCGCCAUCACCGUGCCACUCAUCGGGAGCGACGGCCGCUCGGAGGGGUCAGUUCGGAUCAAACCGGGAACAGCGUCCCCAGUGGAGUUCCAGAGCGACAGCGACGUGGAGAGCGGGACGGAGUCGGGAUCAGCCUCCUUCAGCACACAGGGCCUGGAGCCGGGCCUGUGUGACGGGCUGGCCUCUCCCCUCAGUGCUGUGGUGGACCUGGACAUGCAGGCGGACCCUGACUCGCCAGACAUGAAGAGGAGGCGUGUUCACAUGUGCGACUACGACGGCUGCAACAAGGUGUACACCAAGAGCUCGCACCUGAAGGCCCACCGCAGGAUACACACAGGUGAGAAGCCGUACCACUGCACGUGGGAGGGCUGCACCUGGCGGUUUGCGCGGUCGGACGAGCUGACGCGGCACUUCCGCAAGCACACGGGCAUCAAGCCCUUCCGCUGCACCGACUGCGACCGCAGCUUCUCCCGCUCCGACCACCUGGCGCUGCACCGGAGACGCCACGUCAUGAUGUGAACCCGCCCGCCAGCCCCGCCCCAAACCGCCCUGCCACGCACCCCCCGCCCGCCCGCCCAUCAGCCCUGCCCCACCCAUCAGCCCUGCCCGCCAGCCCCGCCCCAAACCGCCCUGCCACGCCCCGCCCGCUCGCCCAUCAGCCCCGCCCGUCAGCCCGCCCGCCAGCCCCGCCCAUCAGCCCUGCCCCAAACCGCCCUGCCAGCCCUGCCCCAAACCACCCUGCCAUGCCCCGCCCAUCAGCCCCGCCCACCCUGCCACGCCCAUCAACCCCGCCCGUCAGCCCCGCCCCGCCUGCCAGCUCUGCCCCACCUCACCUGUCAGUUCCGCCCACCUGCCCUGCCCCUCCUUCAGAGAAAGAAAUGAAAUGGGAUGGAUUUUUAACUGUGACCCCCCUUCCCCCCACCUCUGCCCCUCACCCCCCCAUUAGAAAUGUGGUCUUGUAAGACAUGGACAGGAGGCGGGACCUUUGGUCUGUGUGUGCCUGCUCCCCCCCACUUCCCAAGCCUCAGGCUGUUCUCUGGUCCCCCACUGGCCCCAGACGAGAGAGUCACUGAUUGGCCAAUCCUUAUUGCCCCGCCCUGCCCAGCCUAACGGGCCUGACUGGCCGGACGGGGUGAGUGACAGGUGCAUCCUGGCCAGCGGGGGCGUGUUUGCCCCCUUGUGUUCUGGAGAGGCAACGAUGGAGGAGACUGCAGUACAGCGUCUUACCAUGUUUACUCACUGACCCACACCCUCUGUGUGGACUGCUCUUCUGCUUCAUUUGAGUGUGUGUGUGUGUGUGUGUGUGUGUGUGUGUGUGUGUGUGUGUGUGGGUGAGUGUGUGUGCGUGUGUGUAUGUGUGUGAGACUAAAUGUCGAAGGAAUACUGCUAUUUAAAGUUUAAUUUUAGUCCCAUUAAUUCCUUUUUUGUUCCCUUCCUCAUGAGAGAGAGUGAAAGAGAGAGAGAGAGGGAGGGAGAGAGAUAUAGAGAGCGAGAGUGAGUGAGUGAGAGAGGGAGGGAGGGGUGGUCAGCACAUUGUCUUUUACACCUACCUAUUACCCAGAGAGCGACAGGGAGCUCCAAAACUGUGAAUUGUCUUUUAUUCUUUUAUUCUGUAGUUCAUUGUCAAUCAAAACUUUUAAUCUUUCCCUAAAAUUAGACUUGCUCAAUAACAGUGUUGACGUUGCUUAUUUUUGUGUAAUUAAAGAAUUGGUUCAAGUUUCUUACGCUGAGAUUGGCUUUUAACAGAAAUAGCAUCCCCCAAAGGACACAGGUGCACACUUGUCUUUUUUUUUUUUCUUUGUUGCUUUUGAUACGAAAAUAAAAGUUAGAAAUGACAAAUGUGUUAUUGACAGAGAAUUGGGGGGGCUUUGCGUGUGUGUGUGUGUAAGUUUGCAUGUGUGUGUGUGUGUGUUGCUGGGCGUAGUUUUAUCCAGGAGGGGAGUGUCGAUUGUGGACACACGCUGUUACUUCAGUUCUGAGAGCCUAACGGACUUACCUGCACAAAAAGGGUGUUUUGUUUUUGUUUUGUGUGUCUGGUUGUCAUGGUAGCCCAUUAAUCCCAGCUCUGCUGUGCUACCUUGACCCCCCCGGCAGGCUCUCCCCGUCCUAACCUGGCUGUUCUAGGUCCUGUCUGGGGUCACUUUCUUAUGCAACAAACAUAAAGGGGGAGGGGUGUGGGGGCGAGGGGGGGCGCAGGGCGUUCCCGUGGUUACCGCUCCUCAUAGCCAUUGUACCACUGAGGCCAUUUUAUGAAGAUGAUUGCGUGCAAAUCAAGAUGCCUCACUCAAACACAGCUAAAAGUGCUUGUCCGAUUGUAGCCCGCCUGCUGGAGUUAAGAGCAUGCUUACAAUAGAAGAUCUUUGGCCCGGUGAACCUUACAGUGCUGAUUUCCUCAUCCAUUUUGCUUAAUUCUGAAGUGUUACGAAGCACAUCUUUUUAAAAAAAGAUAUGGAUUCAAUUGCAAUUCAUUUUUGUAAACCGUUCAUAGGCAUGAGGACAAUGAUAAAUAAUUAAAAAUAACUGAAAAAUUGUACAUACUGUAUAUAAUCAAGAGUCCAGAAUAAAUGUAACGGGUGGAUUUCUAUUUUUAACACUGACUAGACAAUGUGAAACCUGCUUUUCUCCUCUUACCUGGGGUUUUUAUGACCUGUGUUUAUUUGGGCUUGGGCGGGAGGCCGCCCCCCGUGUGUCCCGCGCGCUCGUGUUGCAUGGAGGGCGCCGUGUUCGCAGCGUGGUGCGCAUGUGCAGCUCGGCGGUGUCCUUGGAGACGGUGCGCUCCGGCGUCUUUACGGAGAGAUCGCCGUCUCUCCUCGCACAGAGGCGCGAGCCGGCACGCCACCCUUAUAUCAGGACGUCCCGUCGGGGAACGUCCCGGGCUAGUGCAGCGGGCUCCGUCAGAAUCACGCCACACACAGACCCUGUCUGAAACCUGUCGCCAUGGAAACCAGGGAAGCCUGAAAAGUCGAACCUGGCUCCCUGCCGGCGGUGUGGCGCUGAGGGGAAUGGGAGAGGUGUCGGGCAGCCCGUACGGAUGUUGUGAUUUACUCAUUCUGGAGACACGGACAAACUAUUAGGGCUUCCCCCAAAACGACUGUAACAGCAGCUGCAUUAUGAGCUUUUAAAGGGACUGUUAGUGGUGAGUAGUGGAUGUGCGCCUUGGUUGCCUAGUUACUGAUCAAUCGAAGGAAACAGUGCCACCCAUCGUAAGGAUGGUUAAACUGAUGGGGAUUUGUGUGUGUGCGUGCGCGUGCGUGUGUGUGUGUGCUUCUACUCAUCAUAAUUAAAUCUUAAAAACAGCGAAAUCAUAGGUAUUUUAUAUUGAAUGCAGUAACUUAUGGGCCAGUAAUAUAAUACUCAGUGCAAUGCAGUUAUUGUUAUAAUAAUACAAAUAAUUGAUAUUAUUUCUUUUGUAUUUGUACAGAACAAAUGUGUAAAGAUCAGCGAGGAAACGCGAGCUUUUUGAUACUGUGAGAAGUGGUGUGAGGUCAGUCUCCCUGUACAGUCGUGAUAACCCCUCUCCUUUUAUAGAAUAAAAUGUUUUUGGUGCAA